AUGACAUUUACCGAGCGUUUCAAGGAGUUCAUGUACUCCCUUUCGGCCACAGAUAAAUACCUGGACUACGACUCCCGCAAAUCUUUCAAUAGAGUCAACAAACCCCUGGCAAAAACGAGUCUUUUAUCCCACCACGAUAACAGUUCCACCAUUUCCUUCAACGGACCCACCGGCAAUGUUACCGAAGGUGUGCACGAGGUCACCUUGGCCUGGCGUCACAUCAAGAAGUGGCUUCACAAGCACCUGCCCGAGCUAAACACGUCACUUUCUACUCCGUGUACCGAGGCCGACCUUAACGAGUUUCAGAAAGAUCUCGGCUACAAUUUGCCCCAGUGUGUGGUGGAAUUCUUCCGUCUUACCGAUGGUCAGCUGAGCCUCAACGACGGAGGCUUUGGCGGACUCGUGUUUGGUUUGAAGCUCAUGUCCAUUGAUGAGAUCGCUGUGAUGGCAGCCUCGUGGAAAAGCGUCCACCAGCAGAUCCUCAAGCUGAUGCCGGUCGAGAGGGUUGCCGAGCCAAAAACUGCUCAAAUUGAGGAAUCGAACUUGGGUUCCGAUUUAUCUGACGGCCACAGUGAGGCCUCUUAUAGCAGUUCCAGAUCAGAAGGCCAGCUGAGGACCAACACCAUCAACAAUGGCCAGCGCUCCGUGCCUCCUGGAGCUGUUCAGCCUAUCUACGCCCAUGCUAUGUGGACACCCUUAAUCACCGACGAGGUGGGUAAUUGUAUUGGUGUUGACCUCUCUCACCCACCCGAGGGUUCCGAGGAGCCCGGUAAGUGGGGCCAGGUUAUUCUCUUCGGUCGUGAAUUCAACACAAAGUUCAAGAUUGCCGACAACUUCGGUGACUUUCUUCUAAUCUUCGCCAACGAUUUGGAAAUGGGCAAUUGGGAACUCAAGGAGAACGCAGAAAUCAGCGAUAUAGUGUGUGGUGCCGACACAGAGCUCGUCUACAUCGAUCCCGAGACCAAGAAAGAAACACCAUACAUGGAUGCCUUGCGCAGGCGUUCUGUCAACGAGUGGAUCUCGUCUCUACUGGAAGAGGAGCUCAAGAAGCAGGAAAACCAGGAUCUUCUCAGGCACCUCAAACAGGAGUUCUCCUACAAAGUCCCUUUCUUCGAGGACAAAACAUCCGAUGAUUUCCUCAAUAAUAACUUGAGAGGUAUCGAUAAGCUAAAUACCCCUUUGCCAGAUCGGACCAUCACAGAUGGUGACAUCACUCACGAAAACACGAUCGUUGAUCUGGACCACGACGAGUAA